AGAAUCCGGGUGGUUUGCAAACCCGGAUGUCAGGCUCCUUGUCCUGGAGAUUCCCAAAUCGCUCACCCACAACUCCUCUUCGGCCUCCCCCGGAAAGGAGAGAGCGGGGCUGCGAACUGGAAGAGCAGGGAGUGUGCGCUGGGCAGCCUCACUGCUCCUGUCCCCACCCCAAAGGCAGGAAUUUCUGGGAUGGGCAGAUGGCUCACCCCUCCUCCUCCUCCUUCCUCAAGCCGCAGUGGGUAGGGCGGGGAAAACGCGGGGGACUUUCCCGCGUCCCAGCCAGAGCCCCGAGUGUCCGUUCACUGUGGCGACAGGGGUGGCGGAGUGGGUCUCCAGGGCCCGGGAGUGUCGAGGCCGCCGGAGGGGUGGGGCGCGGAGGAGGCUGCGGAUCCGCCUCCGCGCUGCAGGGCCGGGUGCUUGGGGUGCGGCUGUGGGCUCCCGGGACAAGGGGCGCCCGGCGAGCCCAGUGGUUAGCGAUGCUUCUGUCGCCGUCGCUGCUGCUGCUGUUGCUGCUGCUACUGCUGGGGGCGCCGAGGGGCUACGCUGAGGACGUGGCGGCGGCGCUCACCCCCGAGCGGCUCCUGGAGUGGCGGGAUAAAGGGCUAUUUAUUAUCCAAAGUGAGAGUCUGAAGAAAUGCAUUCAAGCAGGUAAAUCGGUACUGACCCUGGAGAACUGCAAGCAAGCAAACAAGCACAUGCUGUGGAAAUGGGUUUCAAACCAUGGCCUCUUUAACAUAGGAGGCAGCGGUUGCCUGGGCCUGAAUUUCUCUGCCCCAGAGCAGCCCUUAAGCUUAUACGAAUGUGACUCCACCCUCAUUUCCUUGCGGUGGCGCUGUAACAGGAAGAUGAUCACCGGCCCGCUGCAGUACUCCGUCCAGGUGGCGCAUGACAACACAGUGGUGGCCUCACGGAAGUAUUUUCAUAAGUGGAUUUCUUAUGUGUCAGGUGGUGGAGACAUUUGUGAAUAUCUACACAAAGAUUUGCACACAAUCAAAGGGAACACCCAUGGGAUGCCGUGUAUGUUUCCCUUCCAGUAUAACCAUCAGUGGCAUCAUGAGUGUACCCGUGAAGGUCGGGAAGAUGACUUAUUGUGGUGUGCCACGACAAGCCGUUAUGAAAGAGAUGAAAAGUGGGGAUUUUGCCCUGAUCCCACCUCUGCAGAAGUAAGCUGUGAUACUAUUUGGGAGAAGGACCUCAAUUCACACAUUUGUUACCAGUUCAACCUGCUUUCAUCUCUCUCUUGGAGCGAGGCACAUUCUUCAUGCCAGAUGCAAGGAGGCGCUCUGUUAAGUAUUACAGAUGAAACUGAAGAAAAUUUCGUAAGGGAGCACAUGAGCAGUAAGGCAGUGGAGGUGUGGAUCGGUCUCAAUCAGCUGGAUGAACACGCUGGCUGGCAGUGGUCUGAUGGAACACCGCUCAACUACCUAAAUUGGAGCCCAGAUGUAAAUUUUGAGCCAUUUGUUGAAAAUCACUGUGGAACAUUUAGUUCAUUUAUGCCAAGUGCCUGGAGGAGUCGGGAUUGUGAGUCCACCUUGCCAUAUAUAUGUAAAAAAUAUCUAAACCACACUGAUCAUGAAAUAGUCGAAAAAGAUGCGUGGAAAUAUUAUGCUACCCACUGUGAGCCUGGCUGGAAUCCCUACAAUCGUAAUUGCUACAAACUUCAGAAAGAAGAAAAGACCUGGCAUAAGGCUUUGCGUUCCUGUCAGGCUGAUAACAGUGCAUUAAUAGAUAUAACCUCAUUAGCAGAGGUGGAGUUUCUUGUAACCCUCCUUGGAGAUGAAAAUGCAUCAGAAACAUGGAUUGGUUUGAGCAGCAAUAAAAUUCCAGUUUCCUUUGAAUGGUCUAGUGACUCUUCAGUCAUCUUUACUAAUUGGCACACACUUGAGCCGCAAAUUUUUCCAAAUAGAAGCCAGCUGUGUGUCUCAGCAGAGCAGUCUGAGGGACACUGGAAAGUCAAAAAUUGUGAAGAAACACUUUUUUACAUUUGUAAAAAAGCAGGCCAUGUCCUCUCUGAUGCUGAAUCAGGAUGUCAAGAGGGAUGGGAGAGACAUGGUGGAUUCUGUUACAAAAUUGACACAGUCCUUCGAAGCUUUGACCAAGCUUCCAGUGGUUAUUACUGUCCUCCUGCACUUGUAACCAUUACAAACAGGUUUGAACAGGCUUUUAUUACCAGUUUGAUCAGUAGUGUGGUAAAAAUGAAGGACAGUUAUUUUUGGAUAGCUCUUCAAGACCAAAAUGAUACAGGAGAAUACACUUGGAAGCCAGCAGGGCGGAAACCUGAGCCGGUGCAGUACACACACUGGAACACACACCAGCCCAGCUACAGUGGUGGCUGUGUUGCCAUGCGAGGAAAGCAUCCACUUGGUAGCUGGGAAGUGAAGGACUGUCGGCACUUUAAGGCAAUGUCCUUGUGCAAGCAGCCAGUUGAAAAUCAGGAAACAACAGAGCAUGAAGAGAGAUGGCCCUUUCACCCCUGCUAUUUGGACUGGGAGUCAGAGCCUGGUCUGGCCAGUUGCUUCAAGGUAUUUCAUAGUGAAAAAGUUCUGACGAAAAGAACAUGGAGAGAAGCUGAAGCGUUUUGCGAAGAAUUUGGAGCUCAUCUUGCAAGCUUUGCCCAUAUUGAGGAAGAGAAUUUUGUGAAUGAGCUCUUACAUUCAAAAUUUAACUGGACAGAAGCAAGGCAGUUCUGGAUUGGAUUUAAUAAACGAAACCCACUGAACGCUGGCUCGUGGGAGUGGUCUGAUAGAACUCCUGUUGUCUCUUCGUUUUUAGACAAUAAUUAUUUUGGAGAAGAUGCAAGAAACUGUGCUGUUUAUAAGGCAAACAAAACGUUGCUGCCCUUACACUGUGGUUCCAAGCGUGAAUGGAUAUGCAAAAUCCCAAGAGAUGUGAAACCCAAGAUUCCCUUCUGGUACCAGUACGAUGUACCGUGGCUCUUUUAUCAGGAUGCAGAAUACCUUUUUCAUACCUUUGCCUCAGAAUGGUCGAAUUUUGGGUUUGUCUGUAGCUGGCUGCACAGUGAUCUUCUUACAAUUCAUUCUGCACAUGAGCAAGAAUUCAUCCACAGCAAAAUAAAAGCGCUAUCAAAGUAUGGUGCAAGCUGGUGGAUUGGACUUCAAGAAGAAAGAGCCAAUGAUGAAUUUCGCUGGAGAGAUGGAACACCAGUGAUAUACCAGAAUUGGGACACAGGAAGAGAAAGAACUGUGAAUAAUCAGAGCCAGAGAUGUGGCUUUAUUUCUUCUGUAACAGGACUCUGGGGUAGUGAAGAGUGUUCAGUUUCUAUGCCUAGUAUCUGUAAGCGAAAAAAGGUUUGGCUCAUAGAGAAAAAGAAAGAUACACCGAAACAACAUGGAACGUGUCCCAAAGGAUGGCUAUAUUUUAACUAUAAGUGCCUUUUGCUGAAUAUCCCCAAAGACCCAAGCAGUUGGAAGAACUGGACGCAUGCUCAACAUUUCUGUGCUGAAGAAGCAGGGACCCUGGUCGCCAUUGAAAGUGAGGUGGAGCAAGCUUUCAUUACUAUGAAUCUUUUUGGCCAGACCACUAAUGUGUGGAUAGGUUUACAAAAUGAUGAUUAUGAAACAUGGCUAAAUGGAAAGCCUGUGGUAUAUUCUAACUGGUCUCCAUUUGAUACAAUAAAUAUUCCAAAUCACAGUACCACUGAAGUUCAGAAACACAUUCCUCUCUGUGCCUUGCUCUCAAGUAAUCCCAAUUUUCAUUUCACUGGAAAAUGGUAUUUUGAAGACUGUGGAAAGGAAGGCUAUGGGUUUGUAUGUGAAAAAAUGCAAGAUACUUCUGGACGUGGUGUAAAUACAUCUGAUAUGUAUCCAAUGCCCAAUACCUUAGAAUAUGGCAACAGAACUUACAAAAUAAUUAAUGCAAAUAUGACUUGGUAUGCAGCAAUAAAAACCUGCCUGAUGCACGGAGCACAGCUGGUCAGCAUCACAGACCAGUAUCACCAGUCCUUCCUCACUGUUGUCCUCAACCGGCUAGGAUACGCCCACUGGAUUGGACUGUUCACCACAGAUAAUGGUCUUAAUUUUGACUGGUCUGAUGGCACCAAAUCCUCUUUCACUUUUUGGAAAGACGAGGAGUCCUCCCUCCAUGGUGACUGCGUUUUUGCCGACACCAACGGACGCUGGCAUAGCACAGCCUGUGAGUCAUUUCUGCAAGGUGCCAUUUGUCAUGUGCCCCCUGAAACAAGACCAUCUGAACACCCAGAGUUGUGCUCCGAAACAUCUAUUCCCUGGAUAAAAUUUAAAAGUAAUUGCUACAGUUUUUCUACAGUCCUAGACAGUAUGAGUUUUGAGGCUGCUCAUGAAUUUUGCAAAAAGGAAGGUUCUAAUCUUUUAACAAUCAAGGAUGAGGCUGAAAAUGCAUUUCUCCUAGAAGAGCUGUUUGCUUUUGGUUCUUCUGUCCAGAUGGUUUGGUUGAAUGCUCAAUUUGAUGGUAACAAUGAAACCAUAAAGUGGUUUGAUGGAACUCCCACAGACCAGUCAAACUGGGGCAUUCGGAAGCCAGACACAGACUACUUCAAGCCCCAUCAUUGUGUUGCCCUGAGGAUCCCGGAAGGAUUAUGGCAGCUAUCCCCGUGUCAAGAAAAAAAGGGCUUUAUAUGUAAAAUGAAGGCAGAUAUUCGCACUGCAGAGGAGCUGCCAGAAAAAGGACCAAGUCACAGCAUCAUUCCUCUUGUGGUAGUCCUGACACUCAUAGUCACUGUGGCCAUUUGCACUCUUUCCUUCUGCAUCUACAAGCAAAACGGUGGUUUCUUCGGGAGACUUGCAGGGUUUCAGAAUCCUUACUAUCCUGCAACCAACUUUAGUACGGUACAUUUAGAAGAAAAUAUUCUCAUUUCUGAUCUUGAGAAGAGUGACCAAUAAUAAUGAGGUCAGAGAAUGUCCCAGCCACCAGGGUGAGUAAAGAAGACUAAACAGGAGUCUCAUCUGCCUUUCCCUUUACAGCCCACAUGCUAUUAGAAUGUGAAUUGGGUCACUAUUUUAAUUAUUCUUGAAGUGAUUACUGGUUUUGAAUUUUAACCAAAUCAGAUGGGUUUUGAUUUAUUCAUUUCCCUAAACUGUGAUCCAUUCUUAAAAAGGGGAAAUUAUGCAUUGGUUAUUUUUCAGAAAGACAAGAACUAUUAAAAGAAACUCCCUAUUGAAAAUUCUCAAAUCAAUAUGAGUAAUAGUUUUUGCAUUAAUGUGUCUCUACUAAAAUUUGGGGGAUUAAAACUAAUCUGGUAUCUAUUCAGACAUUUACCCACACUUAUACCAUUAAGAAAGACAGAAAGAAGCAAAAAACAAUUAAUCUUGUAUAUGAGAGGAAAAGGAAAGGGCUUCUGAGAGGAUUCUUAGUUGUUUCUUUUGAAUUCACUUUUAAUAGCAGGAUUUGAAAAAUACUAAUUUCUAUGCUUAAGGAUCACAGGUUCUGGGCUCUCAACUGAUAUGUAAGGUGACAUUCAUUUUUAUUAGGUCUAACAUCUCAAGCUAAAGGAGAAAAAAAUACCUUCUUUUAAAUGGCAAAGACCUUCGUUAGCAGCACACUUUUAUAAACAACCAUAUAGUUAAAAUGUGGCCUUAAACCUUCAAUUACUAAAUGAUUACUAAGUUGGAUAUUUUAAAAUGUCUUAUAGAUAAGCUUAAAGUAAUAUAUUGAAACUUUAACAGUUGUACUGUUAAAACUCAUGGACUUUCUGAAAAACUAAAGAUGUAGAAUAAUAUCUAACACUCUUAACAACUGGAAGAUAUAAAAUGUAACUUGGAUUUAAAGGGGAAGAGCUAAAGAUCUGAAUUAUAGUUUCAUUAGAACCAGACAGACGAUUGUUGAGAAGUACUAAAUAAAUUAGUAAUCUAGAUAUCUUUAUUAUGUAAAUGAGUUUAGGUGUUCUAUUUAAUAAGCUAUUUUCUGGGAACCAUCUCCUUUUAUAUUAGUCUACUUAGUGUAGAUGGUAAAUAAUGAUUAUGAUACUGUCUGUAAAUAAAAAAUUACAGAUUUUAUUUUCCUUUUUUAGUUCCUUAUAAAGAAAACAGCUUCAUAAUCAAUAUCUAAAAAUGUACUCAUUACAUAACUGUUUAUUGGAUUUUAUCAAGAAAAAAGUGUAAUGGGCAUGGUGGCAUGCACCUGUAGUCCCAGCUACUUGGGAGGCUAAGGGAAGAGAACAAACUGAGCCCAGAAGUUGGAGGCUGCAGUGAGUUAUGGUUGCUCCACUGCACUCCAGCCUGGGCAACUGAAUGAGACCCCAACUCAAAAAAAGUGCUGUUCUAGAAACAGAGAUGCUAAGGUGAGCAACUUGGGGUAAGGGCUAUCUUUUCAUGGCACUUAUUUUCUAAUGAGGGAAAACUGACAGUAACUCAGUAAAGAAAUGCAUAUGCAGAAAAUAGCAAGUGGUUAUGAAAAUGAAGUAAAGUUCCAUGAUAGAGAGAAACUGCGGGCUCUCAGGGCCUCCCUGAGAGUGUGCAUUUUAAUUAUUACAACCAACUGCCUCAAAACCAGUGGCCACUAGUCACAAGGGGGAGCUCUGAGAGAAAGUAUGAAUGAAUUUCUAGGAGGCAAACCAUCAUCAUUAGAAAUACAAUUUGAAGAGAAUACCACUAAGAAUGGAAUCCUUGUGGCCUGCAGCAGUUAACCCAGCUUCCAAAAGCAGCUCUUUGCUACUGUUAUAAUAAUUUACACACUGAGACAGUCUACUUCCAUAAUUUUUUAAGUAUUGGGACUUCAUUUUUUAAAAGAUAUUAUAUGAUGUGGCAGUUGCGUAUUUAUGACUCAAAAGAAUAAUUGGCUUGAACUCACCAGAUGGUAUAAAAGCCCAAUUUAACAAUCUUUUGAGUGGAAUUAAAGUUCUGUUCUUUUCAAUGGACUUGUAAAAACUGCUAAUCAACCAGCCUUCCUGUCAGGGUAUAUAGUCACACAUAGUAAUUUGACAAAACACACCAUUCGGAAAGUGACUUUGCAGAAAUAAGCAGUAUUGCUUGUCAAUGAUCCAUGCUUUGGUGUUUAGUAUUGAACAACACCUCCGGAGAAUCUGGACCCAUGGACAGAUCACACACUUCUUGCCAUUACUGAAUUUGCAGAAAUAGCACUGAAGUAUUCUGCUACACUUAUAUAUAUGCAAUUUUUUUGACAUUUUUUUUCACUUUUUUUUUUUUUUUUUAUGGAGUCUCGCUCUGUUGCCACGCAGGAGUACAGUGGCUUGAUCUCAGCUCACUGCAACCUUCGACUGCCUGGUUCAAGCGAGUUUCCUGCCUCAGCCUCCCGAGUAGCUGGGAUUACAGGCGCACACCACCACGCCUAGCUAAUUUUUGUAUUUUUAGUAGAGACAGGGUUUCACCAUGCUGGCCAGGAUGGUCUCAAUCUCCUGACCUCGUGAUCCACCCACCCCAGUCUCCCGAAGUGCUGGGAUUACAGGCAUGAGCCGCCGCACCCAGCCUCAUGUGUAUUUUUAAUCUGAACUAGAUUUUGUAGCUAUAAGACGAAAAGAAAAAAAAAGUAGCAGGUAAUGGGUAUAUUAUACACUAUUUUGGUGAUGGUUACACCAGACUUUACCACUACAUACUGUAUUUAUGUAACAAAAUUACACUUGUACUCCUUACAUUUAUGCCAAAAAAACAGCAGGAUCACAAAUUCACACAUAGAUAAUGUGCCCUUUCAAAAGUCAAUUAUUUUCUAUAACUAAUUUGAGCAUCUUUAUAGACUCUGAGUAAUGGAAAUUCUUGGGUUUUUCCAUUUAACAGUAUCUUGGGCUCUUACAAUUACAACAGUCUUCUUUCAGGUUUAAAUGUUUACUGAAUGUUCACUUAAACAUUGUCUUUUGGAGUUUCUUUACUCUUUUCAAAAUGGUGGUUGCAUAUAUGAGAACUUGCUGUGUCCUGAUAGUGUUGAGGGGAGAAGGUGAUAACUUACGGUGGAUGUAUGUUAGCUGAUGUCCACUGAGAAUAGCUGUCUGGCCUCACUCUUGGGAAUUCUGCUGGCACCUGCUGUUAAGUCUGCAGUUGCUGUAAUCUGUAGUCUGUUCUCUUUGAUUUGGCCUCAUUCUGGCUGUCCCUGGUGCUGUCUUAUCUCAUGAGAAGUGACUGUGUCUCCUGUUGAAUUCCCUAUCUGGACACUGCAGUUCUUGGCUACAAGGCAGUCACUUCACCCCUGCAGUGGUGAGAUCCUAUUAGCUACCAUUAGCUACUCUUUUAGUACAGAAAGGCAAAAUGCCCUAGCAAACAAUCCCACAGUCUUGGUGGAUUAACACAGCAAAGGUUUAUUUCUCACCCACACCUCCAUGGGCUGGCAAGAGGACUUUGCUCUAUUCAGUCAUUCAUGGGUCCAUGCUCCUCCUAUAUAGCCAGCCCUCUGUCUCCUAAGGCCUGGAGUCCUCCAUGGGCCUCCAAUCUGUGGCUGACAGAGGAUGUUAACUUGAGACCCAUCUUUGAUUCAUUAUGGAGCUUCCACAGGCUGUUGAAAUACAUCCUCUAAGUCAACAGUCUUCGAACUGGGGACACAUGCCUUAGGAAUACAGGAGCAUGGGUAUUUUAAGAAACUUAAUUUCCAGAAUCUUCAUGUAUAUUUUUUUCUUAUAACUGAUUUGCCUGAGAGCACACCUGGUUCUUCUUUCCCACCUCUCUUUACACAAAUGCCUUUCUCUACCUUUAAAAAGAAAAAGAAAUGGCUUUCAUUUCAGAUCUUACUAUGGGAAAAUCCUCCAUGGCUCCAAAGAAAAAUAUUCAAAGUAUUGAUGUCAGUGAAGCUUCUUUUAAUAAAGAAAUCAUAAACUCAUUCUGUAGAUCCUCAUGUCUUUUUCUGUGUUAGAACAUUUUUCUGUUAAAGUUGAAGCAAUGACUUAGAAAUGAGUUAUUUUGCCCCAUGUUCAUAUUCUGAAUUAAUAUGUAUUAUACAGUGGAACAGCUGGAGUGCUAACCACCUUCAUUUGAGAAUUUAUCUCAUCUAUUACCUGACUAUUGUCAGAGAACAUGCUAUAGAAAAAGUCUGGUGAAAGCAAAGUGAAGUGUGUGUUGCUAAGAACCUAACAUAUUAUGUUAUCCAGAAGAAAGUCCCAAGGCUUGAUUUAUCUUAGAUUUCUAUGUGAGUUGUGAGGAUCAGUAUUAACAAGCUUCUUUGAACUGAAAAAUGAAUUCAGACCUUUUCUGAACUUUUUUUUUAUUUGGCUCAUUGGUUUGACAACAAGGAUUGACUUUACCCAUUUAAGUUUCAUGAUGAACAUUUUGUGUUAAUUGAAUGAACUAAAUCUGCUGCUCUUGUGUUCUGAUUAAAGCUUGUAAUAUGAUAAAGGCAUUUUAAUAGAAAAUAGUAUUGACCGAACUAUAAUGAAUUGAUAUUUUACUUUUCCCAGCCUUCAUUUGUAUAUUAGGUAAAGCAAGGUGCCUGUAAGUGAGACAGUAACAGGCAUAAUGAACAGUUACUUGAAGGGUCUUAGUAAAGCCUUUUAAUUUUACUUGUAGGAAAUUGACAUGAAUCAUUCUAAUGACUGGGUAACAAAUCAUUUUGCAAGUAGGGUGCUUCCAGUUCUUUGUGUUACAAAAAACUGAAGGAGGACAUAAUCAAACAGUUAGCUGAUAGAUGAUAGAAAAAUUUUUUAAUGUAGAAUCACUGAUUUUUUUUUGGCACCUAUGAGAAAGGAAUUCAAAUAAUAGAGGGAUAUCGUUAUAACAAACCUCCUUUUAUUCCCAUCUACCUAUUUAAUAUGAACAAAGUUUCCAUGUUAAGAUAAGUUAGAGUAUGCUGUGGAAACAAACCCUGCAAUACCAGUGGUUAAAAACAAAACUCAGAAGUUAAUUUAUUGAUCAUGCGAAGCCUGCUAUGGUCAGGACGCUUGCCUCCAAGCAGUAGCUCACAGGUCCAGGCUGUGUCCUACCUCCAGAACAUGGGGCUUCCAGUGCUGCUUUGGCACUAGAGAACUGUUAAGUUCCCGGGUUCAGGAAGAAACACUUGGCACUUCCACUCGUGUGUCAUUGGCUGGAACUAGUCACAUGACCUAAGCUAACUGAAAGGAAGUCCAGGAAGUCUUCUGCUUUGUGUGCUCAGGAAAAAGAGGAUAACUGACUACAGUUAGCACCAGCAAUUUCUACCAGAGUUUCUCAGCAUGUAUACCUACAAAAAAAGGAAAGAGAGAACGGAAUUGAUGCUGAAGCUUGAUUUAUACUAGUAAUUUUUAACUAAUGCUAAUUAAUUUUUAUCUGUGAUACAUCCAUUUCAUUAAGAGAUCCAUUUGCUAUCAUUUUAGUUGGACAUAUACUGAUCUUAUUUUAAUCUUUGUAACAUAUUUAUUUUGUUCUGAUCAAUUGUAUACUAACAAUAAUUGAAAUGACAACUCAAUGUAGAAGAAAAUGUAUAAUACUUAGAGCCUAUGUUCACAGGGACUUCUUAAAAAAUAAUUUUAAUUUAUAUACAUAUUUUUACUGCAGGAAAAUAUGAUAAGGUAAUGAAUAAAAUAUUUCACAAAUAAAAGUAUAUUUCAUUAGGAUAAAAUUCUGGGGGGGAGUUGGAAUGGAAAUACAAGAUUAAAAGAAAGUAAUAUCUCUGACUGCUGUGUAUUUCUAUUUUUAAAUAGAUUAUGAUAGAACUCAAAUUGUUGUAGUAUCUCCAGUCAAAGGAACUUAGGCUUCUUGAGAAAGUAGUUGAUUGCAGGUCUAAGGCAGGAAAACACAAGAUGAAACUGGAAUAUCUUGUGACGGCAGAAAAUAAGGAGGUGCUCACAGAAAGAUGGGGCAUGUCCAAAGGGCACAGGAACCAACCUGAAGGAGCUCUCCAGUGGAAAUGUUGGAACAAUUUGAGCAAAAAAUAAAAAAUGAUAAUAUUGGAUUAUAACCCAUACAAUACAUAUCUGUGUGUCCAUACUGAUGUAAACAAUUGAAUGAGUGAAUGAAAGAAUGAAAAGAAGACACAGUUCUUCUCCCCAGCAAAUUCCAAUUAAUAAAUGUAGAAGAAAUGGGAGAAACAAAAAUCACUAUCAGGAAAACACAACAAUAAUAAUUGUUGUUGGCAAGACCUACAAGUUGGUGCAAAAGUUAGGGGGUGAAUGUUUGAGGAGAAACAGAAUAUUUGCAUAACCUUACAGUAUUCCCCCCAAAAUAAUCACUAAUUACAAAGGGAAAGUAAUAACUUUACAGUAAAGAAACUUCUUUAAUCAAGGGAUCAAGGUUAACAGAAGCAGUAAUAAGCCACAUCAGCAUCAUGUACCCCCUGGUAUGGCACUGAGGAGGGCACAUGACUUCUUUGGUAUCCUCCCCAAAAUGCAUAAUCUCAACUUAAUCAUGAAAAAACAUUAGAUAAAUCCAAGUUGAGGGACAUUCCACAAGAUAAAUGAUCACUUCAAAAGUGUCCAGGUCAUGAAAGAAAGGAAAGAUUGAGGAAAUGUCAAGGAUUGGAGGACACUAAAGAGACAUGACAACUACAUGCAAGUUGAAAUCCUAAACUGGAUCCUGGAACAGAAAAUGGACUUUAUGGGAAAAUGGGAAAGUAAAAUAAAGUCUGUGGCUUAAUUAAUAGUAUUGUACCAGUAUUAGUUUAUUUGUUUUGAUGAUUAUACCAUGGUUUUGUGAGAUGUACCGUUAGAAGAAGCUGAGGGAGGCUGUACAGGAACUCUCUGGACUAAGUUGGCAAUUUUUCUAUAAACCUAAAAUCAUUUCAAUAUACAAAGUUAACAUUUUGCUAUGAUAUUAUUCCAUUGGCUAUAUUAAAAGGGCGAUAAGGCACUUUUAUUUUUACACGUCAUUAUUUAUAAUAUUCUGAAAAUUGCAUCCUAAUUAUAAAAAAUUUUGGCUGUCAACUUAGAAAUUCGUGAAGCGAAAUGCCUUCUUUCACAAUUAUUUUAGCAAUUUUGUAUGCUAGCCAAAAAGUUUGAGGACCACUGCUAUAUGAUGUUUUUUCUCUCUUGUCUCAGAUGAGAAGCAGUGCAAAACCCUGUGUGUCUCCAACCUACCUAACACACCAUCCGCUGUAGGAUUAGGACCCAGACACAUCUUGCUGCAGGCCACACUGACUUCCAUCUGCUCUCUUUUCUCUGCAUUCUUCUUUUGUGUCACUUCCCUGUCUUAUCAGUACUUCUAAUUCUCAUACUCCUGCUUAUCCCCUACAACCUUAUGCCUUAGUAUUAAUAGGGUACGGCAGGGAAAAACUCACUUCAUUUCCAUUUUGUUCUUAGAGAAGAAAAAUUGGGAGACAUUUCCAAAAUGGCAUGUACAUCAUGAUUCUUAUUGCCAACAUUUAUUAGAAACUUUGACUGUAGUGAUUAUCAAGAUACAUGCCUGGACUAUUUAUUACCUCUUUCCCCACCUUUCAAAAUGAAGAUUUAGAGCAGGAGUUGGCAGGGCCAAAUCCAGCCUGCAGCCCAUUUUGGAAAUCAGGUUACUGGGACACUGCCAUUCCGCAUUCGCUCACAUACUGUGCAUGACUGCUUUCAUGCUUCCGUGACAGAGCUGUGUGGUUGCAACAGAGACCGAAUGGCCUGCAAAGCCUAAAAUACUUACUUUCUGGACCUUUACAGGAAGUUUGCCAACCCCUGAUUUAGAAAGUGAAAACCUAAAUGGGGAAGUCUUACAUACUUUAACGUAUCUUAGCAAGCACUGUUAUGUUAAUGUAUAUGGGCAGCACUUAAAAUAUAUUAAUAAACAAUUCUGAUCAGUAAACAUUUAUUUAGAGCCUAUUGUGGCCCAGAGAGUGUCAUGUGCUCGGAGGCUAUAAAUACCAAUAACACCCCAUCUCUCCCCUCAUGGAACUCAGUCUCGGGGAGAGGAAUAUGUAAAUGAUAAGUGCAAUGCAAUGUGACAUAAAUAAUAUCAAGAGGAAGAGAAUCAGAAAAAAAAAGGAGAGGAGACUGAUUAAUUCUGUCAGAAGUAGACAAAGCCUUAACAAUAUAAGUAAUAUGUAUUAAAUUGUAAGAAAUGUUAGAUAAAACAGCUUUCUUUAGUAUUUUUUGAGUUAGAAAGCAAGUUUUUAGCUUGGGGUCAGAAUAUUUUUAGAGAAAAAUUUUAAAAUGUGCCUAAAUCUGAAAUUCUGGAUUUAAAAAAGUGAAACUAUGCAUGUGCCUCUAAUACCUAAUGACGAAUUCUAAUUGCAGAAGAAUGCCAAUAACUGAAACCACAAAAUGAGCCCUACGUAUACCGGUGACCUUCUUUACUCAGAAUUAAUUAACACAAGCACUUGUUUCUUGCAGAGCACUUUGCUGUAAUUUAGAACAAAUUAAGGAAAAAAAUCAUUCAAGUGCUGUUUUCUUCACACCAUGAAGUAAGCAUGAUGGACCAAAGUUAACUCAUUUAAGAUAUUAUCAUCCAUUUUUUGUAAUUAUGAACAGCAAUAUCAUCUUUUUCCUUCAAAAAAAGAAAAAGACACCCUGAUCUAUGCUAUUUUCAGCUUGUUUCCUGUGCUUCUAUUUAUUAAUGGAAAUUGAUUUUUCAAGAUUAAUGUAAAAUGUGUUUAUGUUUCUCCCAUUAAGUCUCUUAUUUAUAUUAGAUUCAAUGUAUAUGUUCUGGAUAUUUUUCAAAUAAAUAUAUUUUUAAUAUAAUACAGCAAUUUGCAAAUUGUUAAAGGACCAUUUGUAAUGUUUUCUCCUGGCCCCCCCAGCCCUGAAACUGUAACUUUAUUAUUGUCUUCGCACAGUGGUUUGUGAAUUAACUUGAGCUCCUUGAGUUCCUACUUCUAAGAAAUUAUUUAAACUUUACUCUUUAUCUUCUUAGUAUACAGAGCUUGGUAGGAGCUGGAAACUCGACUCACAGAUUUAGGAAACAGUGAGUUCUUGUCCCUGUAGACAUCAGAACUGUGGGGAGGGAGAGAUAGAGAACCAGAAGGCAGUUGGCUGUAAGUAUUUGGCUUUAUUUCUGAGUUCUCUAUUCUGUUCCUUUGGUCUAUUCCUUUGUUCCUCUAUUCCUUUGACUAUUUUUAUACCAGUACCAUGCUGUUUUGGUGACUAUGGCCUUAUAGUAUAGUUUGAAGUCAGAUAAUGUGAUGCUUCCAGAUUUGUUGUUUUUGCUUAGUCUUGCUUUGGCUCUGUGGGUUCUUUUUUGGUUCCAUACGAAUUUUAGGAUUUUUUUCUAGUUCUGUGAAGAAUGAUGGUAGCAUUUUGAUGGGAAAUGCAUUGAAUUUUUAGAUUGCUUUUGGCAGUAUGGUCAUUUUCACAAUAUUAAUUCUACCUAUCCAUGAACAUGGUAUGUGUUCCCAGUCAUUUGUGUCAUGUAUGCUUUCUUUCAGCAGUGUUUUGUAGCUUUCCUUGUAGAGGUCUUUCACCUCCUUGGUUAGGUAUAUUCCUAAACAUUUUAUUCCUCCUUGUAAAUUAAUAAACUGACAUUGUGAUGUCCUC